UGUCUGUAGCUAUAAUUAGCACACGUUAGCAUUUUAAAGUAUUCUCUCUGGUUAUUCUGGACAUGAUCAUUUUCUUUCCUCCAGGUCCCAGCCAAAAUGAGUGAAACCCCUUCUACUAGCUUCUCCAUGAUUCAUCCGACUUCUUCUGAAGGUCAAGUUCCCUCUGCUCGCCCUCUGAGCCUCACUCAUCCUGUUGUGGCCAAGCGGAUCAGCUUCUACAAGAGCGGAGACCCCCAAUUUGGAGGGGUUAGGGUGGUGGUGAACCCUCGAUCCUUUAAGUCCUUUGAUGCUUUGCUGGAUAACUUGUCUGGGAAGGUGCCCCUACCUUUUGGGGUGAGGAACAUCAGCACCCCUCGGGGAAGGCACAGCAUCACGAGCCUGGAGGAGUUGGAGGAUGGUGAGUCCUACCUGUGUUCCCACAGCAGGAAGGUAAAGCCGGUUGACUUGGACAAGGCCCGACGACGCCCACGACCCUGGCUCAGCAGCCGGGCUCUCAGUGCGCAUGCGCAAGGCCGUCCAGCGGCGGCCCCAGCAGCCACCCCCAGCAUGCCUCGCGGCCCGCGGAGGCUCUUGGUCUUCAAGAACGGAGAACCCCGGACGAGGCGUGCAGUCCUUGUUAGCAGGAGGUCUACUCAGAGCUUCGAGACCUUUCUGCAGCACCUGACGGAGGUCAUGCAGUUCCCGGUGAUCAAGCUGUACGCCACGGACGGAAGGAAGGUUCCCAGUCUCCAGGCAGUGAUCCUGAGCUCUGGAGCCGUGGUGGCAGCAGGAAGGGAGCCAUUUAAACCAGGAAAUUAUGACAUCCAAAAAUACAUACUUCCUGCUAGAUUACCGGGGAUCUCUCAGCACGUGAAUCCCAAGGGAAAAGCUAGGUCAGAACGCAGAAAGAUGAGCAAACAGGUGCCUUCAAGCCCGAGGUCCCAGAUUAAUUCUGUUUCUUCCGACAAAACAAAUAAUAAUAAUUGCUACUUGGACUAUUCUUUUGCUCCUGAAAAUUACUUGGCAUUAGAAAAAAAAGAUUCUCAGAAUUUAUUGAUAUAUCCUUCUAAAGAUGACAUUGAGAAAUCAGUUAUUUUUAAUCAAGAUGGAACUAUGACAGUUGAGAUGAAAAUUCGAUUCAAGAUAAAAGAGGAGGAAACUGUAAAAUGGACAACUACUGUCAGUAGAGGUGGUCUUUCUAAUAAUGAUGAAAAGAAUGAGAUAAGCAGUUUGCCAGGAAGAACUGAUGAUCUGUCGUCUGGUUUAAAAUUGGAAGCAUGUUCAUUGUUUGCAGAUGUCUCCCUUCUGGAGAAAGGCAAUAAUCAAGACGGAAGUUUAGUACAUGAGUCAAACACUCAAGUGACAGAUCAAGAGACUGAGACUUGUAGUUCUGCUAGUUGGGAUAAUGCUACUCUGGACAGAGAUAUCAUUCAAGGAACUCAGGAUCAAGUGAAGCAUAAUUUUUAUAGGCCCCCUACACCUGGGCCAAGGAGAGUGAGACCAAAGAAAUCUGUAAUAGGGAGUGUGACCUUAGUAUCUGAAACUGAGGUAGAAGAGAAAACAAUUAGGCAGUUUUCCUAUAGUAACGAAAGGGAAAGCGGGGAAAACAAAUCUGAGUAUCACAUGAUUACACAUUCUUGUAGUAAAAUGUCAUCAGUAUCUAACAAACCAGUAGUUGUUCAGAUCGAUAAUAAUGAGAACAUGGAGUCAUCUUUAGAAAGAAAAAAGGAAAGCACAGUGCUCAAGUCAAGUGCAAUAAGUGCUGGUGUAAUAGAAAUUACAAAUCAGAAGAUGCUAGAGAUGUCUCAUAAUAGUGACUUACCAUCAGCUGUAUCAGAGAAUUCAAUGGUGAAGGAGGAUGUAGGUGAUAGUGUAUUAUCAGACAACAAAACUGGUAUCAAGAACUUCAGAACUUAUAAGAAUACAAAUGAUAGUUUCAGUGCUACUUCAACAGAUUCAACUCGCUCCUCAAGUAAGAACUCUGGAACAUACAAAAAUAUUUCUGAGGCUCUAUCUUCAGUAGGAUCCUCUGCUGUUACCACAAGAAUUGACAGACUAACUAAUGAAUUUGCUCAGUGUGGUUUAACAAGGCUUCCAGAAAAUGAAAAACAGAUUUUGUCAUCUCUUGUCAGAAAAAAGAAGAAGAAAUCUCAGCAGCAAGUGAUAAAUUCCAAGUAUCAGCCUGGGGAGAUUACAACCAAAAGAAUCCCCAUUAAGAGUGAGAGAAUAAACAUAAGAGAUAAAACUGCACAAGAAUCCAUAUUGCUAGAUUCACACAGUUUCCGUAAAGGAGGGUUACUUUCUGAGAAAGAGCUCCAUGCAAGUGAUAUGGUAAUUGAAUCAAAUCAUUUUUCUUCCAAGAAUAGUAAUAACACAAUUUCCAAGAAUUUUCAUAGAAAUAAAUCAAAUAGUACUACAAAUCCUAAUGUUCAAGGACUCUUAACCAGGAGAAAAUCCAGAUCACUAAAGAAAGUAAGCUUAGGACGACCUAAGAAAAGAGAAAUUGGCCAAAUAGAAAAAGCAUUUCCCCACAAUGACUCUAAAUAUUGUAAAAGUACUUUUGAAAAUCAAAGUUUAUUUAAUGUGUUUAACCUCAUUGAACAAAAACCCAAAGAUUUUUGUGAAUCACAACCUCAAGAAGAAGUGGUAUCUGGUUAUUUAAGAGGAAUGGCAAAGAAGAGUCUAGUUGCAAAAGUUAAGGAUUUACAUAUAAAAAGCCAGAAAAAACAAAAAGGAGGUAAAUUGAAAUUAGGUGCUAUUGUAAAUAAACAACAUGGUACUUCCUUAGCUUCUUUACAAAAUGCUGAUUUUCCUGAGGAUAUUGCCCAACAUUCCAUUCCAAAUUAUGUACAGAGAUGGUUACAGAACAUAAACCCAUAUCCAACUUUAAAACCUAUAAAAUCAUCUCCACUAUGCAAAAAUGAAAGGAGCCUGACAGGUUAUAACAAUAAUGGUUUUCCUGGAAAUAAUCCCCAUACAAGUUGUGGAGAAGGAAAUAAUUUUGUUAUGGAAAAUAAUAAACAUGUAACUGAAAAUAUCAGUUUGACAGGCGAUAGUCUAUGUAAAGACGUAGAGGACUCUCUUUUUGCCAAAGAUAAUGGUGAAGAAUUUACUGAAGAUCUCCAUGGGAGCCAGGUUGGAUCUGCCAAUGAUGCUUGCUUGGUUUCCCCACAUGAAUACUGUACUUUGUCACAGUCAGCUGUUAAUAACCAUAAUAUUAAAAGUACAGUAUCUGCUGAAAAUUCAGGAUCAGAUAAGGUAAGUCGUGUUUACCAAGAAAUAAACCAAGCUACAAAAGGCCAAAGUGUAGAGGCUGCCAUUCAGGUAGAUCCUAUAGAAGAGGAUACUCCGAAAGACCUCUUACCAGUCUUGUUUCAUCAACUGCAAACUUCAGCUCCUAGUAUUCACAAGACUCAGAAUGGCAUUGUUCAAAUGCGAAGGUCACUUGCAGAUGUGUCCUUUCCUUCUGUAAUGUGUAAUUCAUCCACUAAUCUCCUUUUAGCAUGGCUUCUGGUGUUAAAUCUAAAGGGAAACAUGAAUAGCUUCUGUCCAGGUGAUGCUCAUGAGGCUACCAGCAAAUCUUCAGAAACACUUGCAUUGCUGGAGAUUCUAAAGCACGUUGCCAUUACAGAGGAAGCUGAUGAUUUGAAGGCUGCUGUUGCCAGUUUAAUGGAGUCAACCACAAGUUACUUUGGACUUGUGGAGAAAGAACAAGAUAUGGUUCCAAUAGGUUUUUCCACAAAUUGUCCCAUUGUUAACAUUCAGAAAGUUCCUAAGUGUGAUGAAAAUGAAAAAGCAAAUAUCCCUUCUUUGGAUGGAGGCUACUCUACCAGUGAGGCUGAUGUACCUGAAGUCUGUGUUUCAGAGGUGAAUUGCUCUCCAUUUGAGUUGUGUACUGUGAGUAACACUUACACUCCAAAAGACACUUGUAACUCCCAUGAGACUUUUUUUCCUAGUGACAGUUAUGCCAUGAGUCAGACCUCCAUGAAUAAGGCUUGUUUCCUAGAAGAUACCUGUUCACUUGCUGAUGCUGUGUUUCUUCAAGAAGCUUAUGCUCUAAAGGAGAAUGAUGUCUAUGGAACAGCUUACCCGUUUGAUGAGACCUACAUUCCUAUUGAAGUCUGCCAUGCUACUGAUGAUUUAAAUUCCGAAGAAAACAUAUAUACUGAUAACUUGGAAUUAACUGAAGAGUUAGAAAAAGUUGAUGAAUUUCAGAAAGACCUAAGUAUUUUGGCAGACUCUGGGUAUGAAACUAGCUUUAAUACAUUGAUUUCCCAUCAAAAUGACAGUAAUGUAAGCCCUUGUGGCCUUUUUCUAAAUGAAACUGAACCAGAAUUUCAUAAGAAUCAUAAUCCUAUAGAGGAAUUUCAAAAUUGUUCACUAAAGGAAGUUCAGGAUGAAAAUGCAUACACAUCUUUUGAUAAGGAAGAAUCAAAGACUUCUGAAGAUCCAAGCUCAGUAACCAACAGCAUGACAUCAAACGAAAGACACAAUAUUUCAGAAUUGGAAUCUUAUGAAGAACUAGAAAACCAGGAUGCUGAUAUCUUUAACACAGUGGUAUGUGGAGGAGAGCAAGCUAUUGAAGAAUCAAUUUCAAAAGAGUUAUUAGCCAGUAAAAAUUUAGAAUUGAUAGAUAUUUCUGAUAGGAGCAUUAUAGAAGAAGAAAGAAGGAAUGGUAUAAGUUGUCAGACAAUUAGUAGUAGGCUAGCAACACCACCGUCUUUAGAUUUUUGUUAUGAUUCUAAGCAAAAUACUGAAAAAGAGGUCAAUGAAGGAGAAACUGAGAUGAGAGUAAAAAUGAUGGUGAAAAACAUGGAUGCUGGAAGUUAUUCAGAGUCCUCUCUUGACUUAAAAAAAUGCUUCAAGAGUCCAGUGACUUCUGAUUGGUCUGACUAUAGACCAGAUAGUGAGAGUGAACAGCCCUAUAAAACAUCUAGUGAUGGCCCCAGUGACAGUAGUGAGAUUGCUCAAGAGAAAGAGUACAAUAGAGGAUUCGUUAAAAGGGCAGUAGAAAAGCUUUACAGUAAAGCAGAAAUCAUUAAACCUUUUAUUCCAGGAUCUACAAACAGAUCUCAGGUUCGUCCUUGCAAUGAGAUUGAAUUUCAUUGUUCUAGGAAACCAGGUUUUUAUGAUUCUGAAGGCCAGUCAUUUGGGUCUUCUGAUCAAGUAUCUAGUAGUUCACCUAUGUUGCAGGAAUUCCAGGAGGAAAGACAAGAUAAAUGUGACAUUAGUGAUGUGAGGAACAAUUAUGGGGACCACACUGUGGAAUAUGGUACAAAACCGAAUGAUCAUAACAGACCUCUUGGAGACUUAGAGGAAGGAGUAUUGAUUGACAAAGGCAAGUGGCUCCUGAGAGAAAAUCAUUUGCUAAGAGUGUCAUCUCCUGAAAAUCCUGGAAUGUAUGGCAAUUUAGACACUACAUCAGUGGAUACCCUACUUGAUAAUAACAGCAAUGAGGUACCAUAUUCACAUUUUGGAAAUUUGGCCCCAGGUCCAAGUAUGGCUGAACUAUCUUCUUCAGAACUGGAGGAACUGACUCAACCCCUUGAACUAAAAUGUAGUUAUUUUAACAUGCCUCAUGCUAGUGAUUCAGAACCUUUUUGUGAUGAUUUGCUAGAUGUUCAGAAUAAAACCCAUGCCAAGGAGAGAGUACCAAGUCAUUAUACAGAGGCGAUGGGUAAUCAUCGGUCAGAAACAGUAUGCACAUCUGUUACUCAUGCUUUUUUGCCUGCUGGUAACAAAGUCCACCCUGCCUCUGAAGAUGCUGUUAAAAACCAGCCUUUGCCGGGCAAUAGUAUGAUUCGUGGUACUCUUCAGGAAGGCGACUCUUUGGAUAAGCUCUAUGCUAUUUGUGGCCAACAUUGUCCAAUAUUAACUGUUAUUAUUCAACCUGUAAAUGAGGAAGAUAGAGGAUUUGCAUAUCGUAAAGAUUCAGAUAUUGAAAAUUCCUUGGAUUUCCACUUAUGGAUGAAAAUAUACCCAUAUUUACUACAGUCAAACAAAAAUAUGUUCAAGGACAAGAACAAUGAAACAAAUAUGAGAAAAGAAUUUAUUGAUAAUGCCAAGGGCAAUCUAUUUGAUCAGUUUUACCUUAAUAACUCACUUGGCUUGAUGGAUAAAAGAAAAACCCCAAAAAGAAUGAAGUUUUUGGACCUAAUGGGAGAAAGUAAUUUACAGACAUUUCAGUCCUAUUUAAACAAAAGGUUUUGUAUGAAUAUCUUGCACACAUUUUUAGUUGUGGAUGAUAUGAAUUCAAAUACGUGGGUCUCCAGUAAUCAGACAAAUCAGAUCUUUAAAACAGUUGAUGAGAAUAACAACUUCUUAAAUAACAAAUUCCAGAGCCAAAGAGUAAGUCUUUACUCACUAGUAAGAGAAAAUACCAGUCAUCAUUUCUCCUUUGAAAUGGUUGGUCAAGCCUGCCUGUUAGAUAAUUGCCAAACUGAGACAUUCUUAAAUAUUAGCAACAGAAGUAUUUUAAAAAUACUUUAUAUUUUUGAGGGUGAAAACCUUUUCAUUUGGGAAGAGGAAAACCAAUUAAGUUUAAAUGAUUUUGAAUGCUGUAAUGAACAAGAAGAUUUAUAA